AUGUCGCUUUUCAUCCUCACCGAAACCAGCGCGGGUUAUGCCCUGCUGAAGGCCAAGGACAAGAAGCUCUUCAAGCGGGAGAAACUUCCCGAAGAUGCUUCCUCUGCCGAGGGUAUCUCUAAUAUCUUCAAGUUGAAGAACUUCAAGAAGUUCGAUAGCGCCGCUACAGCUGUGGAAGAGGCCGCGUCCAUCAUUGAGGGCAAGGUUACUCCCCUUCUGUCGGAGGUUCUGAAGGAUCUCAAGGAUGAGAAGAAGGCCUCUCUGGCCGUUGCCGACGUCAAGCUCGGUAACGCCAUUAGCAAGAUGCCUGGAUUCUCCCUCGAGCUCAUCGCUGACUCGAGCACCGCCGAUGCCUUCCGUGCCAUCCGUGAGCACCUGAUCACCCUGAUCCCUGGCCUUGCCCCCAGUGAUAUGUCUGCCAUGUCCCUUGGUCUGUCUCACUCUCUCGCCCGUCACAAGCUCAAGUUCUCGCCCGAUAAGAUCGAUACUAUGAUCGUCCAGGCCAUCGGUCUGCUGGAUGAUCUUGACAAGGAGCUGAACACAUAUGCUAUGCGUGUGAAGGAAUGGUACGGCUGGCACUUCCCCGAGCUUGCUAAGAUCCUGAACGACAACAUUGCCUACGCCAGGCUCGUCCUGACGAUGGGCAUGCGCACCAACUGGGAGACCGUUGAUCUCUCGGAGAUUCUGCCCGAGGAGAUUGAGGGCGCCGUUAAGUCUGCUGCUGAUCGCUCCAUGGGUACCGAGAUCAGUGAGGAGGAUCUGGAGAACAUCCAGGCUCUGGCCACUCAGGUUGUUGAGUUCGCUGAGUACCGCCAGCGUCUUGCCAGCUACCUGACCUCCCGUAUGAACGCCAUUGCUCCCAAUCUGACUGCCCUUGUCGGUGACCUCGUUGGUGCCCGCCUCAUUGCCCACGCUGGCAGCCUGACCAGCCUUUCUAAGAGCCCCGCCAGUACCAUCCAGAUCCUGGGUGCCGAGAAGGCUCUCUUCCGUGCCCUUAAGACCAAGCACGACACUCCUAAGUACGGUCUGAUCUAUCACGCUUCUUUGAUUGGCCAGGCCACCGGCCGCAACAAGGGCAAGAUGGCCCGUAUCCUCGCCGCCAAGGCUGCGCUCGGUAUUCGUGUGGAUGCUCUGGCUGAUUGGGAUGAGGAUGUCACCGAGGAGGAGAAGGCUGCUCUCGGUACUGAGGCUCGCUUCAACAUGGAGCGCAAGCUUGCUGGCAUGGAGGGCAAGCCCAUGAAGCCCCGCGGUGUUGCCAUUGGCCCCAACGGCGCCGCUCAGCCCCAGAAGUUCGACCUGAAGGAGGCCCGCAAGUACAACCCCGACGCGGAUGCCCUGGCUAGUGACGAGCCCGCGGAGCCCACAUCAGCCAAGAAGUCUAAGAAGGACAAGAAGAAGCUGGUUGAGGACGUCGAGGAGAAGGAAGACGAGGAGAUGGCCGAUGACGACUCCGAUGAUGAGGAUCAAGUAAAUGGUACCGCAGACACUGAGCUCGAGAAGCUUGCGGAGAAGGCUGGUCUCAGCGUUAAGCGGUAUCAGCGCAAGCUCGAGCGAGGCGAGAUUACCUUCGACGCUGCUGGCAACCCAACAGCAAUCAGCAAGAAGGAUAUGAAGAAGGCCAAGAAGGAUGCCAAGAAGGCGAGCAAGGAGGACGGCAAGAAGCGCAAGCGCGAUGACGGUGAUGACUCCGAGAAGAAGAAGAAGAAGAAGAGCAAGGGCGAGUAA